AUGCCCUACGGCGCACCACAAACGAAGGUCAACAAAGGUGGAUGUCCUCCAGAAACACCUCCCACAAACACUCCUCUAGCCCUUUGGUCUCAUCCGGAGGGCAAUGUCCCCCAGUACUCUAUUGGUCUUUGCAACUAUGUCCCUAACACCUGGUCCCAUGGUCAAGGUACAGCAUUGAAACAAGCCAUCAAUGACUCGGACCGCCCCGGGGUCAAGCUCUUCCAGUCUUUAGUUGACACUAUCAAUGGCAAGGACCCUCUCACUAUCCUCUCUUGGGUCGCUCAUGACUCUGACCACAAUCCUGGAGACCUUUUCUACUUCUCUGGCGACAUCGCCCACAACGGCAACACCUCAUCUGCCCUGCUCAUGCACUCUGCCUCGGAGGCAUAUAUCAAUACUCUCCCUCCCACUGGUACAUAUCUCUACAACCAGAAGCCCGUAGCUUUCCGAACCUAUUGA